AUGACACAUUUGAGGUUCCUUGAUCUUUCUAAGAAUGACAUUAACCAAUUACCUGCAAAGCUGAGUAUGCUUCGCAACCUCCAAACAUUGAUAAUUGAUAGCAAUGUGAAGGUGUUACAGUUCCCCGCAGGCAUGGAGAAAGUACCUAACCUCCGUCAUCUGGAUUUGGGCAGUCGUCAACCAUUUGUGAGGCCACCAGGGAUUGAACAACUGACUAACCUUCAAACACUGCGGACAAUUGCUGUGGUUGGGUAUUAUCGUGAUGAAGUUUGGAGGACUGGAGUACUGAGAGAGUUGGUGAACCUUCAGGAAUUGCGGGUUACCAUCAAGCUUGGAAAUCUGGAUGCCAAGGAAAAAGAGACUAAUAAUCAAGGCAUUCUUAUGAAUAUGAAAAAUCUCCGGAAGCUGGAGCUCUUCUGGCAUCCAAUGAAAAUCGAAAAUGCAGAUAACUUACUUGCAAGUUUCAAGCCUCCCACAAAUGUGAAACAUCUGGUGCUAGAUUCUUGUGGUGGAAUCCAGUUCCCAGAUUGGCUGGGCAAUCCUUCUCAAAUCUUGAGAUUGUCGUGUUUGGCUAAUGAGAGGUUUCCAUCACUGAAAACCUUAGAACUUGUAUCAUUGUCUCACCUGGAGAGCUGGACUGAUUUGCAUGAUGGUGACAUGCCUCUUCUCCAAGAACUACAUAUUGUUGGUUGUCAAAUGCUAAGCUCUCUCCCAACUCUCAAAUUUCUUGGUUCUCUCCAAAAGUUGCACAUUGAGUAUUGUCAGAAGCUUCAAGCCUUUCCAGAUGAAAAACCACCCAUUACACUUAAUUAUCUUGCGUUUAAACUGCCCCUUAUUGCUCGAAUCAUGCAAGGAUGA